AUGUCCUCUGGCUACUCUCUACCGCCCGCUGAGCACGCAGCAUUCGCUGUGACCUCGCGCCUCCUAUCAUGCCUCGUCACCGAAGGCCUCCUUCGAGCAUUCUAUGUGCCCAUCGACUCUGAUGCAGCCUCCGGUGCACUUGUCGUGCUAUCCACGCACCUCAUGUCAGAGCACCCGGUCAUCGAUCGAGCUCUACGGCCAAGAGAUGUGUUCGCCAUUGUCCCUGUGCGGCAUGCCCCUAUGACGAAGGGGUCUACACACAAACAGGGGCAAGCAGUUGGCCUGGUCGACCCGUUGGACAUGCUCCCGCAAGUCUACGAGCUAUCAGAAGUAGCCCCCACCGACGACAAAAAUGACGCCUUGAAGAGCGCAAUAUUAUCCCGCUUGACGCCUCCUCCUUGGGAAUUUGGUCGCUACACGUCCCUUUCUGACGCACUCGAGCCUGUGCGCCUGUGGAAUAAGUUCGUCGAAGGACUUCUACUGGACCAAACGCUUCGUGAGACAAUCGAGAAGGAGCUCAGAAGCUCACUGAAUUGGCAACGCGAAGCCUUCGAACACCCUCCGCGAUGCCCUUCUUUGAGUUCCCCUGCCAUCGAGUGGGAACAAAGCCUUGUGGCAGGGCAUCCCACCCACCCUAUGCACCGUGCCCGAUCGAUGGCUUCCGUUCCAUCUAGCUACGAUUGGUACCAUCCACGCAUACGGUUUGCUUGCGUUCCGCGCUCGAAGCUCCACAUUUCCGGCGACUUUGAACAGAAAAUGCGAGGCCUGGUAGAGAGCACUGCCGCGAAAGUUGGAAAAUCACUACCUACCGAUGCCGACAUCGUCUUUGUGCCUGUGCACGAACAACAAAUUUCGAACAUUCUUCAGAAGUUUGACGACGUAUCAAUCCUUGACUCGGAAAUUAGCGUGGGGGCACUUGCGCAGUCAAGCAUCAGGACCGUCAUCGUCCCGGACAUGCCUGGUGUUGCCUUCAAGUUGGCAGUGGGGGUCAAGAUAUCCUCCUCGCUGCGAACCAUCUCCCACUUCACUGCUGACUUUGGACCGCGAUUCUCCGAGCAAAUUGUUCCAAAAUUAGUGAUCAACCCCGAUAUCCUGAAGGUUGAGCUUGAGCCAGCGAGCGCCGUCUACCGCGGAGAUCCAGACACCGUAAAACACCUGACCGCUGUCCUCAGAGAAGAAUAUCAUCCGCGCGAGGGAGAGUGCCUUAUCGUUUGUGCAGCGUUAUUAGAAAUGGGGCACGAAGGACUCCAGCCCGGUGUAUCAGCCAUCGAGCAUAUCCUGAACUUGGACACUCCAGACAAAAAGGCCGCAUUCCUCGACCGAUACAUACGUCUUGCUUGCGAAGCGCUCAUCCCGCCGCUGCUUUACAACGGCGUCUCCUUCGAAGCACAUGCACAAAACGUCCUUGCACGCUUCGACACCACUUCCGGAGAAUUGCUGGGUUUCGUAGUCCGAGACCUCGGCGGCCUUCGCAUCCACGCGCCUACUUUGCGUGAAUCCACUGGCACGGAUUUCCAGUUCCUCCCGGGUCACUGCAUCGAGACAGCAACCUUGGAAGAAACUUAUCCGAAGUUCUACCACACAUUGUUCCACAAUCAUCUACAGCGCCUCAUCCGAAUCCUCGGCAUGCACCACAAUGGACUCGGCUGGGAGAUGCUUCGGACGCACCUGCAGAACGUGAUACCCGUCGACCACCCGUUGCGCAAGGCCUGGCUGGCUCCAGAAAAUGCCUCGUCCCCGGAAAGUGUUUGUUGA